AUGACUCCCCAUAUCUCUGCUACGAGAGCAUCUCUGACUAGUGAAUCACUGAAUGAAGAUUCAGAAAACAACAUCCUGGAUCUGGGUUUCUUUUCCCCGGAGGAGACCUCUCAAUCGCCUAUAGAAAGCGAUAGUCAGAGCAUUGACUCAAGUGAGAGUAUAUUACCCUCGGAAUUACCGACAUCACCGACUCGUACGGCUACAGAUGAAUUAUCAGGACUUUCAGACGAUGAGUACAUAACUAGUGAUGACGAAAUCCUUACCACCGUCGUCUCUUUGGACGAGCAGAGACACCAUUUCGCCUACGGAUCAACAUUUGCGGAGCAUACGGACUACUUCUCCAAAAGUCUAUCUCAUGCAUUGGAUUCUGUCAAGCUCGACAAGUCUCUAGUUGCGCAGGCGCAGCUUAGUGGCUACCUUAACAACAAGAGCCAAAAAUUAGCAGAAAAGCACCUGGAAUUGAUCGAAAGAAUCACAUCUCUCAGGUCACUAUAUCGAAAUCAUGUAUUGAGUAAUCGGAUGGGGGAUCUUGAGAAGGACCUUGCUGAAUUGAAUACUCGCAUUGAAAACAUCAAGAAUGGAAUGGCCAAAACUCUGUUAUUUGGACGGAAAGGGACGGUCGGUGUGGCCGAGAAGUAUCCAGUGGAAUAUAACCAAGCCAAAGAUAAGGUUUUGGAAAGAGUCUCAGAAAACUAA